AUGUCCACAACGCUGCAGCCUGCCAAGGCGCCUGUGUCGCCACUGGUGCGCAUCGACGCCCACUACAGAAAAGCGCUAGCGUUCCGUUGGCAGGAGCUCGUGAUCCGCGCGUUCUUUGUGACAGCGGUGUCCUUCUUGCUCGUUCCAGCAGUGUUGUUAGGCUGGCGUCCGUCUCUCCUUACCUUCUCCAGCCUCCUCUUCACCACUCCCAUUAUCUACCUCCUCACAACGCACAUCGUCCUCCGGUCCAGGCGGUCGUGGAUCGAGUCGCCGCCUCUGCUUCCCGCCUCGCCCAGUGCUCUCUCCGUGUGGUUCGGCACCUUCUCCCACCCGGUCCUCGCUUUGCUGGCAGCGCAGGCUUCGGCUGCCAUCUUCUUCGCUCUCGCUUUCGCUGGCGUGCAGAACCACCUCUAUCCAUCUAGUGGAUUGGGGUGGAGCAGCGCGUCGACGCCCCGAUACCCAUGGCACUGGAACGAGCGGCUCUGGUUCCUCGUGUUCGGGAACACUGUGUUCUUUGGACUCCUCGCGCUCAGAGAUGUGCUAGUUGGCAAUGUUGGGCCCAAAUGGCCCCAGUCGAGGGCCGCCUUCCCCGUUGUGAUCCAGCGCGCACUCGGGCAACUCUUCACUGCUGGUCCGUCAUCUCUCAUUGCGGAACUCGCGAACGCUGCCCAGUUCACGGUCGUUUACACUCUCGUCUACUUCACUCUCCGCCGCUCGGUUUGGCGCAUGGCCGUUACGUACCUCCCAUUCCUGCGUCCCUUCGCGCUCAACUUUGCGAAGAAAGGCUCUCUCUCCUGGGGCUUAGCGUACUAUCUCCUUGUCCUCCAGAUCACGGGCCUGUUCGCGCUUAAGCCUGCCCUCGCAGUCGUGAACGACUACCUCUGUCAGCCCCUCCCCUUCCCGAGCUUUACGCGGAAGAGCCCCCUCAGCGCAGACAAGUACCUCCUCACCGCGCUUGAGAGCACCAACGCCUUCUACCUCGGGCACACCAUGGUGGAGCUGCAGCGUGCUGCGCACUCAGUCAAGCGCAGGAAGGAGAUCUUCGCCGACGCCUCGCGCCCAGCGCUGGUUCACGAGCUUUUCCGCGCGCUCCUCCUCGUUCUCGGUGACUCGUAUUCCACUCUCGCCGCGAAGGGCCGCAAGCUCUCGUCCGCCCCCCUCGCUCCAGUCCCACCCGUGCAUGACGGUCUCAGCAUGCCGGUCAAGGCGGGUGACAUCUUCCGCCCCGUGCCCAAGCCUGGUGCGCUCCAGGGCUUCGUGUCCACCGUGCUGGAGGGUAAGCCUGCCCCGACGCCUGCGCCGGUGCGUGCGGCACUUGACCGCGCGCACGCUGCCGAAGUCGCCGUUGCGAAGAAGGUCGAGACCGACGUGCCUGUCUUCGAGCGCUGGGUGGGUGGCACACCGUUCCUCAGUCCCGUGCUCGCGGGCGUCAAGCUCGCGCGCGGCGGUUUCAGCGCGUGGGCCGGACGCGAGUGGAGCCGCCGCGCUGUUGCUGCCGCGGUCCCAGAGCCCGACCGCCUCGCCCGGAUCGUGGACAUCCUUGCCACGUUCUGUGUCGCAGCCUACGACGAAGACGAGUACGGGUCCGUCCAGGCCGUGCUGCCCAGCACGUUGGAGGCGCUCGUGCGCGUGCGUGGUGCCGCGCUUGCCCUCGGCGCUGACCUGGUGACCACGGCACCCAAGGUAUCGUCCUCGGCGGCAGAUGCCGCCCGCGCGGACUGCGCUGCGGUCGCGGCCAUCGCCGAGAACGGGAUCCGACGCAUCGCCGACCGCUUCAGCGCGACUCUCACCGCGUUCCGUUUUCCGACCGGAAUCGCGACCGCCCUCACCGAUGUCUGCAAAUAG